AUGGCGGCAGCAGACAGCCCCUCUGCUGGCCUCCGGCGGCGCGACCUCUGCAGCCGAGGCAUUCGCCUGGCCGGGAAGAUGCGCUUGGAUGUCAUGGACCUCCUGGACACUUAUGUGGAAUGGCAGGGCCUGGAUGCCUCAGCCAGCGUGGCUGCAGUGGAGGGCGUGCCGGUGGCAGCGGUGGAGCGCUGGGAUGAGCAGACUGGGACCCAGCGGCUGCUGGAGAACCUGGCAGCAUACAGAGCCUUCCAGGUACUGCUGGCACAGAUGCUGGAGGAGCAGCAGGAGCAGCUGGGUGAGGCUGACACUGCCCUGGGCCGGGCACUGGCGGCUGUCCUGCUCCAGGUCUCAGCCUUCACUUACCACCUUGAGGAGCUGCUGCAGCUGGAGAGCCGUGGGACCCCCAGUGAGGAGGUGGCUGUGCCAGCACCCCCCUCCCAGCUGGGCCUGUUUGAGAGGAAGCUGCGGGGCCUGGGGGUGCUGCGGGAGCUGGCCCAGUGGGCAGUCAGGUCUGCGCGGGACCUGCGGCAGCUUGCCAAGCCCAGCCUGGGCAGCAGCUCGGCGCCCAGCCCAGAUGAGAGCCCUUGA